CACCCCUUCCGCUCCUCAGGCCUGACCUUCCUGCUGCCGGGCCGGGCUGAGGCUACUCUGAAGCGACCCAGCGGUUCUGCCCGACGCGCCCCGCUCGAGACACCAUGGUGGCGUACUGGCGACAGGCUGGACUCAGCUACAUCCGGUUCUCCCAGAUCUGUGCAAAAGCAGUGAGGGAUGCCCUGAAGACUGAGUUCAAAGCGAAUGCUGAGAAGACUUCGGGCAGCAGCAUAAAAACUGUGAAAGUGAAGAAGGAGUAGCUGAACCUGACUGAAGAAGCCUGAGGUGCUGAGUGAUGAAGGUGAAGCAUGUGGGCCCCUGCUCUGGCAGGGGACAGACUGCCCUCUCGUUGAUAAAUUGUCUAUGCCAAUAAAUUAACAUGGUUCACUCUC